AGAACAACCUUUAAUAAAUCAAUCCAAAGUGGAGUUAUGUUUGAGAUUCUUCAGAUAUCUGUAAAACAUCAUAUCCGCUACAGUUUACCCAGAAUUAUCCCUGCCGGUUGUAUUGCAUUGCUAGGGGUUACUUCAGUGUUUCAUCUGGUUGCUAGAGGUUACCUACGGUAUUGGUUGCUAGUGGAUACAACAGUAUUUCUUUUGGUUACUGGAGCGUUACUACAGUAUUUCUUUUGGUUUUUGGUGUGUUGUUCAGGGUUACUACAAUAUUUCAUCUGGUUGCUUACAUAUUAACUGGUUGUUAUGUAACCCCAGUUGGUCACUAAGGUGUUGUCAUAUUGUUUUUAGUAUUGCAGCCAAAAGUUAUUUCUGUAGUGUUGGUAAUGUUGGUAGUUGUAGUGUCUAAUAGUUACUACAGCUUUUUAAUGAUUGCUAGGGGUUACUACAGUAUUUCAAUAGUUGCUAUGGGGUAAUACAGCAUUUUGCAUGUUAACUGGUUGUUAUGUUAUUCCACUUGAUCACUGAAGUGUUUGGUAUUGCAGCCAAAACUAAUUUCUUUAGUGUUGGUAAUGGUAGUUGUAGUGUCUAAUGGUUGCUAGGGGUUACUACAGCAUUAAAUGGUUGCUUGUAGUUACUAUAGCAUUUUUAAUGGUUGCUAGUGGUUUCUACUGCUUUUCAAUUGUCGAUAGGAAUUGCUACAACAUUUCUAACGGCUGCUGGCGGUUACUACAUCAUUUCUAAUUGUUGCUAGGGCUUAAUACAGCAUUUGUAAUGGUUGCUAGGGGAUACCACAGUACUUUUAUUGGUUGCUAUAGGUUGCUACAGCAUUUCUAAUUGUUGCUAGAAUGUAUUACGGCAUUUGAAAUAUUAAUAGGAGUAACUACAGCAUUUUUAAUGGCGGCUAUUUGAUACUACAACAUUUCUAAUGGUUGCUAAAGCUUACUACAAUAUUUUAAUGCUAGGGGUUACUACAGUAUUUCAUCUGGUUGCUUACAUGUUAACUGGUUGUUAUGUAACCUCAGUUGAUCAUUGAAGUGUUGUUUUAUUGUUUUUGGUAUUGCAGCCAAAACUAAUUUCUUAAGUGUUGGUAAUGUGGGUAGUUGUAGUGUCUAAUGGGUGCUAGGGGUUACUACAGCUUUUAAUGGUUGCCAUUAGUUACUAUAGUAUUUUUAAUAUUUGCUAGUGGUUUUUACUGCUUUUCAAUUGUUGAUAGGACUUGCUACAACAUUUCUAAUGGCUGCUGGCGGUUACUACAUCAUUUCUAAUGGUUGCUAAGGGUUACUACAUCAUUUCUAAUGGUUGCUAUGGGUUACUACAUCAUUUCUAAUGGUUGAUAAGGGUUAAUACAUCAUUUGUAAUAGUUGCUAGGGCUUACUACAGCAUAUGUAACGGUUGGUAGGAGUUACUGAAACGUUUUAAUGGUUGCUAGGGGAUACCACAGUACUUUUAAUGGUUGCUAUACGAUUCUACAAGAUUUCUAAUGGUUGCUGAGGGUUACACAGUAUUUAAAAUGGUCGUAACCAUGACUAUGAUUUAGAUAAUUAAAUACAUGCACAAAAAGCAACCACCAGCGGUAGAAAAUCUACCGAUCUGGCAACAUUCAUAUGACGUAUCCCGGAAAGCCGGGACGCACCCGGAAGUUGCACGCAAAGUCAAAGGUCGCAGUUCUGUUAGCUAGCAGGCUAAUUCACGAGCUCCGGUUGUUUUGACGGAGCAGCGCUACUGCACGGGGCGAGCGGGAAAAAAAGCGUCGCGGGUUCGAGAUGUUCGUUCUGCUCGUCUGCUGAAAAGGACGCGCUCACUGUCUGUUAACGACACUGUUUUAACCAGUAAACAUGGGUUCCAGACGCCCGGACAGCUUUGACGGCUUAGGCUACAGGGGCAGAGAGGAGCCGUCGUACGGCGGAGGCUAUUCGGGAAGGUCGUUCAACAGUUCCUCCAGCAUUGAUCUGCAGCAAUGGGUUACCACGCCUCCGGACAUCCCCGGCAGCAGAAACCUGCACUAUGGUGACAGCACGCCGCAGUUUGAAGGGGCUCCUGCAGCCCCCGGGGCCGCAGAUGACGUCCAGGCAGCUUCUCCACCAUCCGAUCAGUUGAACAGAUUUGCUGGGUUUGGGAUUGGUCUCGCAAGUCUCUUUACAGAAAACGUUCUAGCGCACCCGUGUAUCGUGUUUCGGAGGCAGUGCCAGGUGAAUUACCACGCCAGAUGCUACCACUUGUCCCCUUUUACAGCCCUAAACGUGAUGUACAAUGUCUCAAAAUCUCAGGGUCCAAAAGCUUUAUGGAAAGGAAUGGGGAGCACGUUCGUGGUCCAGGGCGUGACCCUCGGGACAGAGGGCAUCAUCAGCGAGUGUACCCCGUUGCCAAGAGACCUGCCUCACAGAUGGAAUCCCAAGCAAAUUGCAGGUCACUUUAUUUUGAAAGGUUUAACACACGUGGUCGCUUUGCCGUUUUACUCAGCAAGCCUCAUUGAAACUGUCCAGAGUGAGAUCAUUCGGGACAACCCCGGCAUCUUGGACUGUGUGAAAGAGGGCAUGGGGCGUUUCUUAGGUUGGGGCGUGCCUCAUAGUAAACGCCUCCUUCCCUUGUGGACGCUGGUUUUCCCGACGGUCCUCCACGGCGUCCUACAUUACAUCAUAAGCUCCAGCGUGCAGAAGCUGGUGCUGUACGUUCUGCGUCGCCGUGGCAACGCUAACCCGCCACUCAAACACCCCAAACUGGGCAUGGAGACGGUCCAGAACAUGCUGGAUGCCUAUUUCCCAGAGCUGUUCGCCAGCUUCGUGGCCAACCUGUGCGCGGACGUGCUGCUGUUUCCUUUGGAGACGGUGCUGCACCGGCUGCACAUCCAGGGAACUCGCACCAUCAUCGACAACACCGACCUGGGUUUCGAGGUGCUUCCCAUUAACUCUCAGUACGAGGGGAUGAGGGACUGCAUCAACGCGAUACGACGCGAAGAAGGUCCGCUGGGAUUCUACAAGGGCUUCGGGACCAUCGUGAUUCAGUACUCGGUGCACGCAACGGUGCUGCAGAUCACCAGGAUGAUUUACUCGACUCUGCUGCACAAUGCCUGAAGGAAAGACGAUCAGAUUCCGCACUGAUUUCAGGAAGCGUUUGCAUGACACUGACGCAUCAUCGCUAGUAAUAUUAGGCUGCUUUCACACUUUGCAUGUGUGAAAACGUAAAUCGUAAACCUGACCUUAAAAAAAAACUCAAUAAAAAAAGCUCAAUAAAGUGAAACAUGAUUCCUCAGCCCCCCCGCCCCACCCCCCCUAUUUACACUUGCUACGUGUUUAUUCUUCACUAAAACAUAGACAUAGUUCGGUCUUAUUCCAUCAUAUUAGACCUUAAAAGGACGUUACGAGGGACAAUAAUGCUUGGAAGAGAUCGUUGUCGCCUUCUUACGAGGGUUAGCAUGUUUCGCUAAUCUACAACGAGGGUAGUACUGAGUCCAAUGCAUGUAAAUCGAAUCAUCAUGUUUUAACCCAGGUUAUUGCACUUCAUUUGAAAUGUGUGUAAUAAUAAUAGUUACAUUUCGAAACUCAGUAGCUGCUCAACAGAGCUUAGCAAGUGACGUAAGAGACUCGUCCACAAACCAAACAUUUGACCACUAUAACAGGGUGUUGAGGAAAAAAAAAAAAGGCGAAAAGAAAAAACUGAGGUGUCAGUGCUUUCACACAAAAAUGAUCGUACAGCAAACCUAGAUAACUUAAGUGAACCACUUUUUCCCACCAGAAAAACCUGCUUGAUGAAAUUUGAUUUAUAUCAUAGUCGAAAAUGUAAUAGACAAGUUUCCAGGAUGUUUCUGUCUCUGACAAAAGUACUACAUCAGAGAUUAGAGAUUAUGUUCAGUUUAUUUUGCCCUGAGGGUGGAUUGAAUGGUAAAUGUUGCACCUAAGGGAGAGCCCCAAGCAUAUGAUCAGCCUGUUUCCAUCAAUACUGGUUGUUUCCAUUAUUCCAACAUUGAUUAAUAAACCAAACACUGAAUGGACAAAAGUUUCUGGGCACCUGACCCUUUUUUUUCAUCCCAUUCCAUGUUUAGUCCCCAUUCGCAGUAAUAAGAACCUCCACUCUUCUGGGAAGAUGUUCCACUAAAUUUUGUGUCCUUAUGGGGAUUUGCGUUUAUUUAGAAACAAGGGUGUUAAUAAAGUCAGGCAGGUGAAGUGAGGAGGCCCUGGGGUGCAAUCAGCGUUCACAAUUCAUCCCAAAAUGGUUUAUUAGGGUUAGAACUCUAUAGCUGGAGAUCUUCAUCCAACCUAUGUAAAGCAUAUAUUCAUGGAGCUGGCUUUGUGCACAGGGGUAUUGUCAUGCUGGAACAGGUUUGGGUCUCCUAGUUUAGGUGAAGGGAAAUUUUCCAAGGACGUCUCAAACUCUGUGGUAACAGUUUGGGAAAGAACCACAUAUGGCUGGAUAAGUCAGGUGUCCUAAAGCUUUCGGUCAUAUUGUGUUUCAUUGAUAGCAAAAUAAUAAUCGUUUGAAAAAACAAUACGGAAAAUCUUAAUUUUUUUAUUUUUUUACAAAAUGUAAAUGCCCUCGCCAGAUUUCGUAUAAAACACCGGCUGAAACAAAUCGACAGAAAAACACAGUGUGAAAGCAGCCUUACAGUUCAGCAUUUAAUUUAUAAAUGGCUCCAAGUCAUUUGUCUCAUUGGAUCUCUCUGAAUUAUCCUUCGUAAACUUUGAAAGGAUUUUCUCCUUCAGCGUUUUCUGGAGAAACCUGGACUCAGCCUUAUGUCGAUGUGCGUGCUGUUUUUUCUAACAAUAUAAUUUUCUUUUUCCAAUGUGUCCAAUGUGCCACUCUUUAGGACCAGUGUCUAGCGCUGCCUGGCAUGUGAACAAUAUCCAAAUUGUAAAGUGUUAUUUAGUCGUUUGCCUCUUGCCGAUGACGUUUCCAUCCGCUUUGCUGCCGCGAUCGCACUGAUCGUUUGCAGCAGCACUUUGUUUCGAAGUAAUUGUAAUGUCUUAGAAAAAAACUAAUAUAUACAGUAUUGGUACCGUGAUUAAAAAUAAAUGUAUGUAAUCAG